GGUUUAAAAACCAUUCGCAUAAUCCUCUGUUGAAUUACGGCGUAUAUUAGGGGCUGCGGCUGCGGUAGUUGCGGGGCUUGGGGCCAGUGGAGUGAAAAGGGUAAGCAGUAGCUUAAUUUGGACUUUUGUCCGUAUUAGUUUGGCAUCUAAGCAAAAACCCACCUUCUGGUCCCGUGGAGGAAGAGAGUAUAGAUUGAGAAAGAUAAUGGAAGCAGUAGGCUUGCUUGGAGGAAGUGGACCAUGCGUUUCUGCGUCAUCCACUCUUCGCUCAUCAACACAGAGGAGUUACAGAAGCAGCGGCAAUAGCUUAUCCUACGUUCCCCUCAAGAAGCUUAGCCUAUGCACCAGCCACCUAGCUGCAUUCCAUUCACCAUCCCACCUUUUCUCAUUUUCCCCUUCGCGUCCUUAUCAUGUUAAACCUCGCAAGCCCACCAAAACCCACAUCUUCCUUCCUCAUUUGGUCGCUUCCAUGGAAGUUGAAGAGACCUAUAUCAUGGUCAAGCCUGACGGCGUCCAACGAGGCCUUGUUGGAGAAAUAAUCUCCAGAUUCGAGAAGAAAGGAUUUAAAUUGACUGGCCUGAAGCUCUUCCAAUGCCCUAAAGAAUUGGCAGAGGAACAUUACAAGGAUCUCAAAAGUAGGCCUUUCUUCCCUAAGCUAAUCAAUUACAUCACUUCAGGUCCUGUUGUGUGCAUGGCUUGGGAAGGCGUUGGCGUUGUGGCAUCAGCACGUAAGUUAAUAGGGUCUACAGAUCCUCUGCAAGCUGAACCAGGCACAAUAAGAGGGGAUCUAGCUGUUCAAACAGGAAGGAAUGUGGUCCAUGGCAGUGACAGCCCUGAGAAUGGGAAACGUGAAAUAGGGCUUUGGUUUAAGGAAGGUGAAUUAUGUCAGUGGAUACCAGCUCAAGCACCUUGGCUGAGGGAAUGAUUUUCAUUGAGCACUCACUUCACUUGUAGAGGCAUGCAGGUUUUAAGAGUUUUCCUCUGAGCAGCUGUAUUUUAAAUUGAACGGUUAUUUAUUUUCUCAGUUUUGAAUAAUUCUGUAUGUGCAUGAAGAUUCAAUGUGAAACUUGUGAAAAAAUUCAGGCCAGUUUGGCAUCUAAUCAAAGCCCGAGCAAGCGCUCAAUCGGUAAUCAAUAAAUAAAAAUGUCUUUAUGAAUAA